CGGUAGAGGCUCUUUGCCCUCCAGCGACGCGCGCAGUUCUUCUUCCACGCAUUUGCCGCUUGCCGUAGACGCGGGGGAUCUUGGGUAGGAAGGUCAGAGCGGCGGGAGAACGGUAGAGAUUUCUUCAAAUUUAGUGAAAGCCGCUUAUUCCGAGCCCAACGCUCCAGCAACAAUGGCGAAGGUGCAGGUGUUGAAUGUCGCUGUCCUAGAUAACCCGAGCCCCUUUGGAAACCCGUUUCAGUUUGAGAUCACCUUUGAGUGUAUGGAGGACCUCCCCGAAGAUCUGGAAUGGAAGAUCAUCUAUGUUGGCUCAGCAGAGAGUGAAGAGUAUGACCAAGUUCUUGACUCUGUUCUGGUUGGACCAGUACCUGCUGGUAGACACAUGUUUGUGUUUCAGGCUGAUGCCCCAAACACUGGAUUGAUUCCUGAGAGUGAUGCAGUUGGAGUAACUGUAGUGCUCAUUACCUGCACGUAUCGUGGCCAGGAGUUCAUUCGCAUUGGUUACUAUGUGAACAAUGAAUACACAGACCCAGAGCUUCGUGAAAAUCCCCCAAAUAAGCCAGAUUACACACAGCUUCAGAGAAAUAUUCUGGCAUCAAACCCACGUGUUACCAGAUUUCAUAUAAACUGGGAAGGCUGUGCAGAGCGAAUGGAAGAUUCUGAAAACGUGGAUCCAACACCAAACUCCAUGCUCCCCCCAUCCUGUAUUCCAGGCAAAGCCCCACCAUUGGGGAUACUGCCAGAUAACUCGAUGGACUGCCUAUAGAGGUGACCUGAAAGACAACGUGAAGUGAUUACUUAGAGCAAGAGACCAUAUUUGAAGGAUGCGUGUGGACAUUCUAUUGGAUAUACAGACAAUUUUUGCCUUACAGCUGACUUUAUAUUCCACAAAGCUUGUCAAAAAUGACCUCUCCCCCCCGAUCUUCGGAUCAGUGUUUGUUUAAAGGAAGAUCAUGAACAUCCCAAAAGAAUAAUUGUCACACAUAUCUGGGGACUUUCUUCGACAUGGCUCUAAAUGCAGUAAUGAAGCUGUUUAACUCAUGGAGGGAAGAACAGUAACUCUAAAGUAAUGCAGCUGGCCUAAAAUAGAGCUGAAAGCUGUGGUGUGAUUUACCUUCUUACCUUUUGCUGGUGUAAAACAGAUAUGUAAGCAUUUAAGACGAUAAGGAUUUCAGCACUGAAGCAAUAGACAAAUAACUUGCAAUAUAUUGCUUUACAGGAAUUUGAUAAAUCUGACAUUAUUUGUGUUCAAAUUCCUUUUGCACUUAAACCAUUUCCCACUGAUAUUGUGGAGUUUGUGGAGGAGGUUUUUACAGCUUCAGUCACUUACUACAUUUUUUCUGUUUGCUAUUUUAAGUUCCAAAUAAAAUAACAUUGUAUUUGUGUAUAAA